AUGGUAUUUAUUAAUGGUGAAUCUUUAGAGAUUAAAAGCAAAAAACAUACUACAGAUAACAGCUGGGAUCUUUUUUCUCAAUCUUUUAAUAAAAAUAUUAAAGGAUUUUCUUUCUUGCCAGAUGAAACCGAAGGUUUUUUAGUGUACUUCGAUUAUUGCAUGUUAAGGUAUGAGCUAGAUGAUACUUCGAGUACAUUUGUGCAAGCAGAAGAAAAAACAAUAGAAUUAAAACAUCGAGCUCUUAGGGUGUUGGUUGCUCCAGAUUGUAAAACUAACACUAUAAUUUAUAGCUCAGUGUUAGAGCAAACAGUUGAGAAACCAAAGGAUCAUACUGUUAGAAAUGUAGCUAUUGCCGUUGGUGUUGGUGCUGCUAUUGCUACUGGAUGCACGAUUUUAUAA